AUGCGCUUCGGUUCCAUCGUGUCUCUCGCAGCUGCGCUGCUGAGCGCCAUCGUCCGGGGCUACGGUAACCCGGGAACCUGCUCUGGUCAGUGCCGGAGUCACGACCCUUCCGUCGUGCGUCGCAAUGACGGUCAAUUCUUUCGUUUCGAAACUGGCGGUAAGAUCGGCAUCUGGAAGGCUCCCGAUUUGGUUGGGCCCUGGACCUACCAAGGCGCUGCUCUACCCUUGGGUAGCAACAUCAACCUCAAGGGCAAUGAUGAUCUCUGGGCCCCCGAUGUGAACAAGGUUGGCGAUCAGUACAUUCUCUAUUAUACCGUCUCCUCCUUCGGCGUCCAGAACUCGGCCAUUGGUUAUGCUACCUCCACCACCAUGGAGUUCGGCUCCUGGACUGACCACGGCGCCAUCGGUGUGGCUUCUUCGGCCGGUAGCCGUUACAACGCCAUCGAUGCUCAGCUCGUCAAGUCCGGCAGCAACUACUUCCUGAACUUCGGCUCCUUUUGGCAGAACAUCUUCCAGGUGCCUCUCAACGCGGCCGCGACCAAGACCAAUGGUAACCCGUACAAUAUCAUUUUGAACACCACCGCUCCUCAGCCCGUCGAGGGUGCUUUCGUCUUUGAGCGCAGUGGUACUUUCUGGGCCUUCUUCAGCUCGGGCUCCUGCUGCGGACUCGACGCAAACCGCCCGACCAGCGGGAAUGAAUACAAAAUUUUUGUCUGCCGCGCCUCUUCUGUGAAUGGCCCUUACACCGACAAGAGCGGCAAGAGCUGCCUGGCGGGCGGCGGUACUCUUCUUCUCCCCUCUCACGACAAGAUAUAUGCUCCCGGUGGCCAGGGUGUCUUGGUUGAUUCCAAGCGCGGUGCCGUCCUCUACUACCACUACAUGAACACCGACAUUGGCUUUGCCGAUUCCCAGACUCUUUUUGGCUGGAACGUCAUCUCUUGGUCCAGCGGCUGGCCUUCUGUCUAG